AUGAAGAUAUUACUGUAUUUUUUGGUUGUUAUUUCUCUCUCUCUCUCUCUCUCUCUCUCUCUCUCUCUCUCUCUCUCCUUUCUCUCUCUGUAUUUUCCUUCUUUCAGUGUAUUUAACUUCCUUUCUUUUUCAGUUUGGAUUUACCUUUUACUUUAUUUGUUUAUUUCCUUCGCUUUUUCAUUCUUCAAACCUCUUUUUUAUAUUUCUUUCUGUUUUUCUUUUCUUUCAAUUGCCUUCUUUUUUUUCAUGUCAUUGGUUAACCAUCAUUCGCAUCAUAUGUUUAUUUUUUGUUUGUAUGUUUUUUGUAUGCUAUUCGUUUGUUUUUUAAUUUGUUGUGUCUUUCGUUCCUUCUUUCUUUCUUUGUUACUUUCUUUUUUUCUUCUUUCUUUAUGGAUUUCUUUCUUUUUCAUUUCUAUCUAUUUUCCAUCUUAUUCACUCGUCUUUCUUUGUCCUCCUCUUUUCUCUCAUCAUUACUUAACAACCUACUCAUUCACAUUUGUUUUAUUUUCUUACUUUAUUCUGUCUUUUUCUUUUAUAUCAUUCUUCAACGUUUUUCCUUUCUUUCAUUUUAAAUUAUUUUUUUCAUAUUAUUACCUUGACGACGUUCACUUAAUUUGUUUAUUUUGCUUCUUCCUUUCUUUAUUACUUUCUUUCUUAGCAUCCUUUUGUAAGAUUGAUGUCAUAUUUUCUCAUUUCUCUACCCAAAUUAUUUAUUUCUGCUGUUUGGUUUCGCUUGUCAUUGUAUCUUUACCAUUCGUCAAUUUUACGCUUCAACUUCCAUGGGUCUUUUCUUCAUCUAUUAGAUUUCUUCUUUUUUUUUCUAUCUUUUAUUUUCUUUCAUUUUCUAAGUGUUUCGUCAUUUUAUUAUUUUAUUUUUUUCACCAUUUUCUUGGCUUACAAUUAUUCCCUUCUUUUCUAAAUUUUCUUUUUUACUUAAUUGUUCUUUCAUCUAUACAUUUAUUUCUUACUCUUUUUAUAGUUUGCUCGUUCUUUAUAGUUUGCUCGAGAAUACUUUUUGGCAUUUAUCUGUCUGUUUUUCUUUUAUACAUUUCUUUUCUUCACUCUUUCCUUGUAAUUGCAUUCUCCCAUUCAUAA